AUGCAGAGCCUCAGGCCUGAACACUUCCAGGGACUGCUGGAACCGGAGAGGAUCCAGACGCUGCUGCCUCAGGAGAGCAAGGCCUGGGGGAAGCGCGGCAACUUUGUCCAUAACUGGGUGGCUGUGAAAGUGGGCGUCAGUGCCAGUGAGGACAGAGAGUCUCCUGAGGAAGUGGAUUUCUCCCAGGAGUGUAGCCCCAUGGAUGAGGACGAGGAAGAGCAGGAGGAGGAGGAGCUAGAGGAGCAUCAGGGCUUUGUGGAGUGGCCAAGAGCAGUACAUCACAUGCCCAUCUUGCUGGCCAUUUGCAUGCUUUUCCUCUUCCUGGUUCUGACAGGAAUGCCCAUGAUGCUGAUGCUCAAACUGUCCAGUCACCAUUGGUGGAUCUAG